AUGAGACCGAGUACACUCUCACGAGCAGCUAGGCUAAACUGCUUCAAGCCCCAUGCCCUCAAUGGCACACCACGGAGAUGCUUGACCAUGUUAAGCCCUCCCAAGUUCGAGAAUGAAAAGAUGCUCAACUAUGCCAAAGGGUCUCCAGAGAGAGCUGAGUUGACUCAAGCUAUUCGAAAGCUUAAGAGCCAAUUCCCUCUCACGAUCCCUAUUACGAUCAAUGGAACAGAGAUCGAGACAAAAGAGUCCCGCUCUCAGCCAAACCCCUCAAAGCACCGCGAGAUUGUCGCAAACUACGCUGCUGCAACACCAAGCCAAGCGAAUGCCUCCAUCGACGCGGCACUUAGUGCCAAACCCGCUUGGGAAGCGACUCCUUUCGAGGAUCGUGCUGCUAUUUUUCUCCGUGCCUCUGAGUUGAUCACCGGUAAAUACCGAUCUGACAUUGUUGCUGCCACAAUGCUCGGCCAAGGCAAGAAUAUAUGGCAAGCGGAGAUCGAUGCCCCUGCCGAGACGGCAGAUUUCUUCCGCCACUAUAUCCAAGAGGCCUGGGCUUUGUAUUCGCAGCAGCCUCGAGUGCAGCUUGAUGGUAACUGGAACAAGAUGGAGUACCGCCCACUCGAGGGCUUCACAUACGCUAUUGCCCCGUUCAAUUUCACUGCACUGGGUGCAACUCUGAUUGGACCAGCCGCAUUGCUUGGAAAUGUCGUGAUCUGGAAGCCAUCAGAUUCAGCACUUCAUGCCAGUUGGCUACUCUACCAAAUUCUGCUCGAAGCGGGCCUCCCCAAGGAUGUCAUUCAAUUCUUGCCUGGUGACGCCGAGCAGGUGACAAACACUAUCCUGAAAAGACCCGAGUUUGGAGCCCUCACAUUCAUCGGUGCCACAUCUACCUUCAAGGGGAUUCAAAGGAAGAUUGGCGAUGGAAUCGGUGCCGGCAUCUAUAACUCCUACCCGCGAGUGGUCGGUGAGACCGGAGGAAAAAACUGGGGUGUUGUCCAUCCAUCCGCAGAUGUGAGGAGUGCUGCGCUCAACACCAUCCGAGCAGCCUUUGAAUACCAGGGCCAGAAGUGCUCUGCAAACUCACGUGUCUACGUCGCUGAGUCUGUCUGGCCCGAAUUCCAGAAAGUCCUGGCUGAAGAGACUGCCGCGCUGAAGGUCGGCGAUGUCGAGGACUAUGCCAACUUUGUGAACCCAGUGAUUCAUGAGCGUUCAUUCGACAAACUCAGCAAGUUCAUCGAGGGGGCCAAGAACGAUUCUGAGCUCGAGCUGGUUGUCGGUGGCAAGGCCUCCAAAGAAGAGGGCUACUAUGUGCAUCCCACUGUAUAUCGGACAACCAAUCCUCGCCAUGAGAUCAUGUCCGAGGAGCUCUUUGGACCUGUUCUGGGUGUUUACGUCUACCCGGAUGCCGAAUGGGAACAGACCCUGAAGCUGGUUGACUCAACCUCUCGAUAUGCUCUGACGGGUAGUAUUUUCGCCAAGGACCCAUAUGUCAGUCGUCAAGCGCAGACCGUUCUCAAACACGCGGCCGGUAUGCUCUACUUGAACACCAAGUGUACUGGCUCUACUGUGGCCCAACAACCAUUUGGUGGUAGCCGUGACUCAGGCACGAAUGACAAGACCGGUACCAUGGCACAUCUACAGAGGUUCGUUAGUACCAGGACUAUCAAGGAGGAAUUUGUUCCACUAGAGAAGGUUACCUACCCUUCGAAUGAAGUUUAA